UGGUAGCAGCGGUGGCAGCAGCAGCAGCAGCAGCACCAGCAGCACUAGCAGCAGCAGCAGCAGUGGCGGCAGCGGCGGAGGUGCCGUCGGUGGCGCCGGUGGUGGCAACGGAAACGGCGGCGGCGGUGGCGGUGGCGGUGGUGGCGGCGGUGGCGGUGGUGGAGGUGGUGCCGGUGGUGGUAGUAGACAGAACGCGAGGGAGUCCCUGUCGGUGAUCGUGCCACCUCAGGACGUGGACGUGGACUCGCGCGACGCCGACUCGGAGCUCCUCAGUCCGGGCAAGCUAACGCCGACGUCGGGGAUAAGCGUCUCGGUCGCGAGUAUGAUCGACGCGACGGACUUCAGGGCGAUGCAGCCGGAGCCUACCUAUCAGACGCUGACCUCGGUCGCGGAGAGGAUGUCGCCGCCCGGGUUCAGCCCGGGCUCGUCUUACGCGACCCUGACGCCGUUACAGCCGUUACCGCCGAUCUCCACGAUGAGCGACAAGUUUGUGUACAGUGCACACGCGGCCGGCGGCGUGACCGGUAGUUUCGCGGUCAUGCAGAACAACGGCCUCGGCAAUAUCGGCCUCGGUAUGGGCGGCUCGCCGUACGCAUACGACAAAUUGCCGACGAUGAGCAUGUCGCCGCCGCACAAUUAUCCUUCGCCGGGGGCCGGCCUUCAACCGAGCCCUUUGUCGCCCCAGAGCGCCUACAGCCAGAGCGGAUUGAACUCGCCGCACAAAUCCGCAAGCCCUCACUACGAUCCGGCCUUUUUGCCGAGGUUGCAACAGAGCCCGGCGGCGUUGAGCCCAUCCUCGCCGCCGGCCGUCUCGGCGACGGCAAGUUUCGCGCCUUCUCAUCAUUCCCCGCCCACGCAUUCGGUGCCCGCUGCCUCGCCACCACCUAUGCAGACCCAGUUGCAGCAGCAGCAGCAGCAACAGCAGCAACAGCAACAGCAGCAGCAGCAGCAGCAACAGCAACAACAACAAUCGAUCCAGCAACAACAGACGAUAUCGCACACGCAGCACGUGCAACACACGUCGGUUGUGAUGAAGACCGUUUCGUCGGCCGGGAACGGGGCCGGCGAGGUCGAGGAGAUCAACACGAAGGAGUUGGCGCAGAGGAUCAGCGCCGAGUUGAAGAGGUACAGCAUACCGCAGGCGAUAUUCGCCCAGAGGGUUUUGUGCCGUAGCCAGGGCACGCUCAGCGAUCUGCUUCGCAACCCGAAACCUUGGUCCAAGCUCAAGAGCGGCCGCGAAACCUUCCGACGGAUGUGGAAGUGGCUACAGGAGCCAGAGUUUCAGAGAAUGUCGGCUUUGCGGCUAGCAGCCCUGAGCAACUGCUCUGCCGAGAGCGGAGGCGAGCCGGAAGCCAUGCUGGAUAUCCACCACCCAGGAACAGGUCUCGAGUCUCAUCACCAACAGUUUCACAACUCAUAUGACUACCAGAUGCGCAAUGUUAACGUGAGAUCGGUCAACUCUAAACGAAGGAAAACACCCUCCUCUUCCUGCUUCUGCACAGAUUCCACAACGCGGAGCAUGCAAGAGGAAAGACGAGAUGGCGAACCAGGCAGAACACCAACAGCCCGCCCCCAAGAAACCGCGCCUGGUUUUCACAGACCUUCAGCGUCGUACUCUACAGGCUAUUUUUAAAGAGACGAAGAGGCCGUCGAAAGAGAUGCAGGUGACAAUCGCUAGGCAGCUGGGCCUGGAGCCGACCACGGUCGGCAACUUCUUCAUGAACGCUCGACGCCGUUCCAUGGACAAGUGGAAGGACGAGGAUCCGAAGACCGUCGCGGUCGAGGAGGGGCAGCUAUCGCCCACGAUAGGUAUCGGGCAACGGCAACCAAGCGACGUUUUGUGACACACGUCCGACCACGAGGAGUACCACGACGAGUCGCCCGAGGAAGACCUCCCCUUCUCGUAAAGGGGCCGCGGAUUUCGCGCGCGACGCGGCGAUUAUUAUCACCACUCGAGACGCUCGACUGCUGACCUGGAACGUCAGUUUUCGGCCAUAGCCAUAUUCCCCAGUUUUCCACUCGUCGUCGUCCCCCUCCCCCACGCGUCGUGGGAUCGCGGGGCGCGCGGGGCCCCCCCCGGUCACCUCCCCUCUCCCC